AUGGAUGGUAACCAGUCUCUUAAGCUCGUCGAUGACCUCUUUCGAUCCGGUGUCACUCGCAGUGAUGGUCGCACGGACCGCACUGAUAUCUGGCUGACUCCUGAAGCAGUCGAUCGAUUCAAAGAUGAGUUUGCUCGAUCAAAUCAGCAACCUCAACCGUCUACAUCCAGCGGCAGUGCACCUGGACUCCCAGACGAUGCACAUGCAGAGUUGGACGACAUCGAUGACGAUGUUGCAGCAGAGCAUGGCAACACAGAAGGCGUGCUCGAGCCAAUCACAGUAUGCAUGGAGCGCUGGUGCAAUGCCGGUCCAGAGGCGCGCAAAAAAAUCGGAGAGUUGAUGAAAUACCCCCUCGCCAUCAUUGACAAGCUCAUUGAGGUUUACGGCACUAACGUUAAGGUGGGGUACGACAUCGCAUGUGCAUUUUUGAAGACGCUCACCCGUAGCUCUCUUGGACCGCAUGCCACAAAAGCGCGCAUGUCUGGGGUGGUGCCGGCAUUCCACGGGCAUGGCCAUAACCGGGGAUGUCAGGUACACUGGCAUCCACUAUACAUGGAUGGCGUUAGCAAGGAGGAUUUUGAGGGAUGUGAGCGGUGCUUCUCCGAGUUGAACGCGCUUGCCCCUGGCACGCGACUUGCCAUGUCAUUCCAUCGUCAUCAGGCAAUUGAACAGUUUUUCGGAUUUUGGGAUGAACAGAAGCACAUUGAAUCAGGCAAUUUCAUCUACAAUAAUUACAAGCAAGCCCUCGACAUCAUCAUGCAGGACUCGGAGGUGCUCGACGUUCUGUCCGAGGAAUUGAAUAUUGGGCCAGCUGAAUACGAAUGA